CAGAAACCAGACCAAGAAAAGGAUGAAGUGCUGACACCAUCUGAGCGUUCUGCCAUGCUUGCAUUUCCUCCGGAUGCUCUGUAGAGAGGCAAAUCGAGAGCUGCCUGCAACAUGGUCUCAGCCAACAUCAGCAGUCCUGCCGGACACCAAGAACAGAAUACAGAGGUAUGCAGCAAGUCCCUGUGCCCACUGCUGCCCAUGCACACUCUCAUCCCAGUGACAGCCAUAUGUUUGGCGCUGCUGGUUCUUGGCAUAACAGGCAAUGUCCUGACCAUGGUUGUGACAGGUUGCUCCCGGGAUCUGCGCAAUACCACAAGCCUCUACUUAGCCAGCUUGGCUGUCUCUGACCUGCUGCUGCUGCUACUUGGACUGCCCCUGGACCUGUACCGCCUGUGGCACGCACAGUCCUGGGCGCUAGGUACACUGCUGUGCCAUGUGUGGCACUGGUCCGGCGAGGCGUGUGCCUACUGCUCCAUCCUGCAUCUGACGGCCCUGACGGCCGAGCGCUACAUCGCCAUUUGUUUCCCAUUGCGAGCCAAAGUCCUGGUGACCCAACGGCGUGUCAAAGCUCUGCUGGUGGGACUCUGGGCCGUGGCACUGCUCACCGCUGCACCUUUUUUAUUCCUUGUGGGAGUUCGACGGGUUGGCAACGUCUCCAGCGACAUCGAUGCCAGGUAUGAGUGUGCCCCCACAGACCAUGCCCAACAGACAGGGCUGCUGGGUACCAUGCUCUGGGUCACCACCAGCUACUUUGUGCUGCCCUUCCUUUGCCUCUACAUCCUCUACAGUUUGAUUGUCAGGGAGCUUCUGCGGGUCAACAAGACACAUCUUGGCGGGGCAUCAUACCGAAACCACCAGCAAACAGUGCGCAUGUUGGUUGUGGUGGUCCUGGCUUUUGUCGUAUGCUGGCUGCCAUUCCACGUCGGGAGGAUCAUAUACACCCACUCAAAGGAUACCAGGAUGAUGCUUUUCUCCCAGUAUUUCAAUAUUUUUGCCUUGCCGCUCUUCUACUUGAGUGCAAGUAUCAACCCAAUCCUCUACAACCUCAUCUCGAAGAAAUACAGGGCAGCACUUUAUAAGCUACUAGUGUCUCCCAAGUCUGCAGAAAGGGCUUCUACUAUUACUAGAGAAACUGUGAGCUACCCAGAGACGAGUGGGUAGUUUAAA